CUUUGAUUCAUUAAUCUGCCACCAGCAUCAUCCCAGCUUGCUGGAGACUUCUUGUUGUCGAUACCACUCUAGGGCCCCCGUUUAGAAGAGUCGAGACUUGGACUCGCAGUUGCAUCAUCACAACAAAGUCCCAACCUCCACACUACUACCUGCGCCCAUUGUUGUUGCCUCUUCAGCCUGCGCCCUUCUGCUCUGGGCCAACCUCAUCUCACCUGCAUCACGCCACCAUUUACUCGUUAUACCACCUCCAUACCUUGAUACACAUACCGAGUACCUCCAUUGUACCCUUCCCCGCGGAUUCUCCUUUAUCCAUCUUGUCUCCGCUUUCCGGUUCUCAGUCACCUGACUGACCAACGCCAUGGCUUCUGCUGCCUUGACCAGCGCGGCCGCCGAUACUUCCGCGUAUAGCGUACGGUCCUUGUAUCGAUCUCUACUGCGGCAGGGAAACCAAUUCGCCAAUUACAACUUCAGAAUGUAUGCGCGCAGGAGAACGAGAGAUGCAUUUCAUGAGAACCAGCGAGUUGCGGAUUCGCGGCAGAUACAAGAAUUGGUUCAGAAGGGAUUGAAGGAGUUGCAAGUCAUGAAGAGACAAACGGUGAUAUCACAGUUCUUCCAGCUUGAUCGCUUAGUUGUAGAAGGCGGGAAGACGGGCAAAGAGACUGGUGGCACAGGCGACAUUGUCCGGCAGAAAGACACUGGAUGGGACUGAAGACUUGUUCCUGCCACCACUCGUUUUGUACGAUUACUAGUCAUGUUGGAAUGGGCGCUACUAUUCCCCAUGGCGAGACAUUGGCUGUGUGAUACUAGACAAAUAUACUACUCUUCCCCACA